GCUCCUUUGACGUUUACUGUCUGCAUCUGCUUGUCUCCGUGUCCACAUCUCCAUCUCGGGUGUCUAUCUUGCUGCUGCUCAAGCUCGAGGUUUCGUAGCACUUUCGUUCUCUUCAACAAACGAUUUUUUUUCCUCUCGAGCUUGCAUUAUUAGAAGCCUCGCAUCCAGUCGUUGUCGCUCCCUUGCAGUGUUUCGUUUCCCCGGCUCCCUUUCCGCCCCUUUAGCUACGCGCGUCCACCGUCUACGCUCAACGAGUAUCGAGUCGCGCAGCCAUUCUCGAGCUUUCUUUUCCCGUCUUUCGACAACAGUUUUUCGUAACACGACGUGCCAAUCGAGCCCCGGCCAAAAAGACAAAGCGACGCAAUGGCGCGCUCGAAGCAGGCCACGCCUAUCUGUCGACAGACAUCGUCCGAAUACUUUAGCAAAGCGGACACUCUCAAGCGGACGCCCAGCAACAGCAAUGGAGCUGCAACUUCUGUGACUGCGAAAGAGGCCAAUGGCAAGGUUGUCACUACGCCUGCGUCUGCGGUUGUUGAGGCAAAGGAGGCCGGCGCGCUCCAAAUCCUGAUUGCUGUGGGCGGUAUCUACGCCUCGUUUCUGACAUGGGCCUACCUCCAAGAGAAGCUCACGACGACGCCCUACGGCCCGACGUCCAAACCCGAAGUCUUCAAGUACCCCGUCUUCCUCAACACGAUCCAGUCCCUCUUCGCCGCGACGACGGGCCUCCUCUACCUCUGGUUCUCCUCCCGCAACGCCGCCUCCCUCCCGCCCGUCUUCCCCUCGCGCGGCAUCGUCGUGCCCCUCGCCCUCGUCGCCGUCACCUCUUCCCUCGCCUCGCCCUUUGGCUACGCCUCCCUGGCGCACAUUGACUACAUCACCUUCUUGCUCGCCAAAUCCUGCAAGCUGGUGCCCGUCAUGCUCCUCCACACGACGCUCUUUGGCAAGCGAUACCCGCUGUACAAGUAUCUCGUCGUCGCGGGCGUCACGGCCGGCGUCGCCGUCUUCACGCUACACUCGGGCAGCAAGAAGAAGAAGUCCGUCGUCAACCCGGACGCCAACAUGCCCUGGGGCAUGCUCCUCCUCAGCAUCAACCUGCUCUUUGACGGCCUCACCAACAGCACCCAGGACUACAUUUUCAGCACCUUCAAGGGGUAUACCGGCCCGCAGAUGAUGUGCGCCAACAACCUCAUGAGCACAGCCGUCACGCUGGGCUACCUCGUGCUCAGCCCCUGGCUCGUCCAUACCGGUCUCGGCGAGUACCUAGGCAUGGACGUCGCCGGCAGCGCGGGCGAGCUGACGGCCGCGCUGGGUUUCAUGGCGCGGUACCCCGCCGUGUGGUGGGAUGUCCUCGGCUUCGCAGCGUGCGGCGCCGUCGGCCAGGUCUUCAUCUUCUACACCCUCUCCACCUUCUCCUCGGUCCUCCUCGUCACCGUCACAGUCACCCGCAAGAUGGUCACCAUGGCCCUCUCCGUCUUCGCCUUUGGCCACAGCCUAACGAGCAUGCAGUGGGCCGGCGUCUCCCUCGUCUUUGGCGCCAUUGGCGCCGAGGCGCAGAUUGCGACCAAGGAGAAGAGGGCCAAGGAGGCUGCGAAGCGCGCGGCGGCUGCUGGGAAGACGCAGUAAAUGUAAAACGAGAAAGGAAUGCCCUUUCAAGGUUGCUUGGCUUUGUUUUAGGCACCUUUACUUUGAGAGGGCUCUUUACUACAAGGCAGCAACUUCUUCUUCUCUUCCGUUUACUUUUUUUCAUACUUCUUUAUCAAGCUUUGGAUCCCGCUCUCUUGUUCAAAAAACACUUUCCUCGUUCUCUUCGAGACAUCCCAAAACCCCACUAGUCCUGUGGUUCCCAUCACAAAGACCACUCAUUUCUUUCUCGGAGGGGCCCCCAACAGGAAAAAAGCAACAACCAACCCUUUUCUCUAAAGCCUGUAAAUAACAAGACAUCGUACAAAAAGACUUGAAAAAGGAAACGCCUCAAAGUCGGAGGCAGGCGUUUGGUUGGCGUUAUUCCUAGUAUAGACAUACACUGAGUAAAGUUGAAAGAUCUGAGACUUUUAUUUAUACAUAUACGAUUUAUCUUCUUC